AUGGACUUUCCCGACGACGAAGAUGAGCCCAUCGGGACGACCGGUGGGAGGCUCUAUGCUCGCAAUGACACCCAUGAGCAGCUGCUGGACAGCGAAAGCUUCGACUGGGAGGUUGUGCCCAACUUGGAUCACUUCUUCACUCGUGUAUAUCGGUACUGGGAGGAGAAGGGAUUCUGGGUCUGCACCAUCGCCCAGGUGCUGAACCUCCUCGCCCUGGACUUCACCGUCGUCAUCUCUGGAGCCCUCCUGCUGGGGGUCAACUACAGCGGUCUCCAGGAGGAGUGCCUGAAGAAGGAUAGUUGUGACAUAUGGACGGUCAUGAUAAAAAAGCAUCCACUGGAGGACGGGCUCACGGUCUGGAACCUGCUCAGCCUGCUGUACCUGGUCAUCUGUUCAGUCUACUGCGUCCUGGCCCUGGCUCACUUGGUCAUGGAGGUGCGUGGUCUGGCCGAGAUCCAGCACUUUUUCAACCAGAAGCUGGGCAUCUCGGAGCGCCGCAUCAAGACUAUCACCUGGCCAGAGGUCCUGCACCGCCUGGUGCAGGUCCAGCGAACCACCCGCCUGUGCGCGUCCCGCGACCUCAGCGAGCACGACAUUGUGUCGCGCAUCAUGCGCCGCGAAAACUACCUGAUAGGCAUGCUCAACCUGGGGGUCCUCGCCCUGAACGCGCCCGUCAUGGGGGCCAGGCCGCGCUUCCUGCUCACCAAGACGCUGGAGUGGAACCUGUACUGGUGCGUGCUGGAUGCCAUGUUUGAUGACAACUUCAGGAUAAAGGCUGAAUUCCUACAUGACAGAGCGGCGCUCCAGAAACGAUUCCAGGUCAUGGCCGGCUUGAAUCUGCUCAUGUCGCCCUUCCUCCUGGCCUUCCUGCUGAUGUACUUUUUCAUGAAGAAGGCCGAGCAGUUUUACCACCACCCCUCCUCCCUGGGGGCGCGGUACUGGUCGCCGCUCGCCAAGUGGAAGCUGCGGGAGUUCAAUGAGCUCCCGCACUUUCUGAACCACAGGUUGAAUGCCAGCAACGAAGCAGCUGAGAAGUACAUAUCGCAAUUCCCGCUGCCCGCCAUCAGCCACGUGGCUCGCUUUGUGGCGUUUGUGGCCGGCUCCUUUGCUGCCCUCCUACUCCUGCUGACCCUGGUGGACGGGCGGUUGCUGGAGCGGGACCUCCUGGGUCGGCACGUUGUUUGGUGGUUGGCGCUGCUGGGCAUCGUUCUGGCAGCGUCGCGGGCGUUCAUUGUGGAAAGCACCACUGCGUUCGACCCAGAGGCGGCCCUGACGGAGGUGGUGACGCACACCCACUACCUGCCCCGCCACUGGAGAGGGAGGGCUCACACGCUGGAGGUACAGGAGGCGUUUCAAGGCCUGUUCCAGUUCAAGGCAGUGCUCUUCUUUGAGGAGAUGGCAUCCAUCCUUCUCACUCCCCUGCUCCUCUACUUCUCGCUGCCCGGCUGUGCUGGAGCCAUACUGACGUUUGUAGAGCAGAACACUGUGCACGUGGAUGGCAUUGGGGACGUGUGCUCAUUCUCAGCAUUUGACCUGGAGCGACACGGCAACAGACGCUAUGGCUCACCUGUAGAGGCACCCAAGCCAGUGGGGGACGUCAUGGACGUGGGCUGGGGUGCAGAGGAGCGAAUGGCCGUGUCCCAGAUGCAGCUCCACAGCUUCUACAAGGCCGCAAGGGGCGCCGAGAACUCCCUGCACUUAGAAGGGUCGGCAAGCCUCACGAGCAAGCCACCCAGCAGCGCACUGCCGAUACCUGUGCAGGUGUUCGUGCUCGCCAUCCAGGUGAAGUUCGAGAGUGAAGCAGAUCGCGAUAUCUUCAUCGACCUGUUCAGACCCCUGGCCAAGUACGUUGCGGAGCAUGAGCCCCGGACCCUCUCCUAUGACCUGGCCAUCGCCGAUACAGACCCCACACUGGUGCUCAUCCACGAGAGGUAUGCUACCAAGAAGGAUCUGACAGAAGUCCACCACGUCUCGGAGCCAUUCCUUGCCUUCAAGAAGGCUACACAAGAACUGCCCUUUCCCUUCGUCAAGACUGGGCAGUCCUACUACGAGCAAGGCAUUGGGUACAUGUGA